GUGAGGCUCCGGGCCCGGAGCGCGAGGAGUUCAGGCCGCGGAUCGUGCCCUAUGCCCGGGACCCCAACAAGCCGCACAGGAAGGUGCUCAGAACUCGCUACAUCCAGACAGAACUGGGAUUUCAUGAGAGACUCUUUGUGGCUGUACUGACCUCCAAAGCCACCCUGAACACCUUGGCAGUGGCUGUGAACAAGACGGUGGCCCAUCACUUCCCCCGCCUGCUCUACUUCACAGGGCUGCGCAGCGCUAAGGUGCCCCACGGGAUGGUGCUCGUGGCCCAUGGGGAUGAGCGUCCCAUCUGGCUGAUGUAUGAGACCAUGCAUUACAUCCACCAACACUUUGGUUCUGACUAUGACUGGUUCUACAUCAUGCAGGAUGACACGUACGCACAGGCAGAACAGGUCAAGGCUCUGGUGACACACCUGAGUAUUAACCAAGACGUCUACCUGGGCCGAGCAGAGGAGUUCAUUGGUGGAGAUGAGCAGGCUCGCUACUGCCAUGGGGGCUUUGGCUACCUGCUUUCCCGUAGCCUGCUACUUAAGCUCCAUCAGCACUUGGACAGUUGCCGCAAUGAGAUCCUCAGUGUGCGCCCAGAUGAGUGGCUAGGACGUUGCAUCAUUGAUUUCCUUGGCAUCACUUGUACUUCCCAGCUUCAGGGCCAGCACUAUCACACCUAUGAAUUGGCCCAAAAUGCCAAGCCAGAGAAGGAGGAUGAAGAGGAGUUCCAAGUGGCUCUUGCUGUGCACCCUGUUUCCGAUGUGACUCUCAUGUAUCGGCUUCACAAGCACUUCAGCAGGAUCCAGCUGGACAGGGCUUAUCGGGAGAUUCAGGACCUCCAGAUGCAGAUCAGGAACCUGACGUCACUGACCCCUGCAGGAGAGGCAGGCCUGACGUGGCCUGUAGGCAUUAAUGCCCCCUUUCUUCCCAAGUCCCGUUUUGAGGUGAUCAGCUGGGACUACUUCACUGAGCAGCACCUCUUCUCCUGUCCUGACGGUUCACCAAAGUGUGAGCUCUCUGGAGCCAGCAAAGCAGAUGUCAGUGACAUUAUUGAAUCGGCCCUCGAGCAGCUCAACAGCCGCUACCAGCCUCUGCUCCGCUUCAGCAAGCGGCAGUUGCUGAAUGGCUAUCGGCGCUUUGACCCCACACGGGGUAUGGAGUAUACACUGGAUCUCCUGCUGGAGGCAGUGACCCAAAAGGGUCACACUCAUGUCCUGGUCAAACGAGUGAGCUUGGUGCGUCCCCUAAGUAAGGUUGAAAUCAUUCCCAUGCCAUAUGUAACAGAGGCCACACGGGUGCAAUUGGUGCUUCCCUUGACUGUGCAGGACCUGGAUUUUGUAGCAAACUUCCUGGAUAUGUUUGCUAUGAAUACUCUGGACACCCAUGAUAAUGCCUUGCUGACCUUGCUUUUUAUCUAUCAUCCCUAUGAUGCCCAACGAGUCAGCCAGGUAGAUGUUUUCGCUGCAGUCAAAGCUAUGGUAGGAGAGCUGGAGAAACGCUAUGCAGAAGUUAAAAUCCCCUGGAUUAGUGUUAAAACAGAGGUGCCAUCUCAAGUGAAACUCAUGGAUAUAGUGUCAAAGAAGCACCCUGUGGACACCCUGUUCUUCUUAGCCAGCGUCUGGACAGAAAUCAACAUGGAGUUCUUGAACCGUUGCCGCAUGAAUACUAUCAGCAACUGGCAGGUCUUUUUUCCCGUGCACUUCCAAGAGUUCAAUCCUGCACUGGUGUACCAUGGCGAGCAAGCUGCUUCCUCCAGCACCGACUUUCUGAGGGAUGGUCGUUUUGAUAGACAUUCCUUUGCCGAGGCCUGCUUCUAUAACUCUGACUAUAUGACGGCACGUACCAAGCUAGCAGCUGACAUCCUAGAUCAGGAUGAAAUGCUGGAGAGCAUGGAGGUUUUUGAUGUCUUCCUCCACUAUUCUGGUCUGCACCUAUUUCGAGCUGUGGAACCAGGGCUAGUGCAGAAAUACGCACUGAGGAGCUGCAAUCCACGACUGAGUGAGGAGUUAUACCAUCACUGUAUGCUCAGCAACCUAGAGGGACUUGCAUCCCGCUCACAUUUAGCCAUGGCCCUCUUUGAGCAGGAACAGGCCAACAGCACUUGA